GAAUGCUUGUGAUGAAGAUUUGCCAACUCUGUGAUGACCUCACUUUUCUGCUCCUCUUCAUCUUUUACUUAUCUGUUUAUCCAUUUAAAUUAACAAUUACUAAAUUAAUCGGAAGUUAAUUCAUCAGGUUACCUGAAAUUAUCUCAUUGUCAUCAACAUUUUUUUAGUUAAUUUAACUUUUUUCUUUCCUUCUUUUUCAUCAUAAUCAUCAUUUGUGAGUUUAAUAGACAUCAAAUAUGGGAAUAAAAUUUUUAGAAGUAAUCAAACCUUUUUGUGGGAUACUUCCAGAGGUUGCUAAACCAGAAAGAAAAAUUCAGUUUAGAGAAAAAGUACUAUGGACAGCUAUAACCUUAUUCAUAUUUUUAGUCUGUUGUCAGAUUCCACUUUUUGGAAUCAUGUCAUCAGAUUCAGCAGAUCCUUUUUACUGGAUGAGAGUUAUUCUAGCUUCAAACAGAGGUACACUUAUGGAGUUGGGUAUAUCUCCAAUUGUUACCUCUGGUCUUAUAAUGCAGCUUUUGGCUGGUGCCAAAAUUAUCGAAGUUGGUGAUACACCGAAAGAUCGAGCUUUGUUUAACGGUGCUCAAAAAUUAUUCGGUAUGGUAAUUACUGUGGGUCAAGCCAUUGUCUAUGUAAUGACUGGAAUGUAUGGAGAUCCAUCAGACAUUGGUGCUGGUGUAUGUAUGCUGAUCAUCAUUCAACUGUUCGUUGCCGGUCUCAUUGUUUUGCUGUUAGAUGAAUUGCUCCAGAAAGGUUAUGGUCUUGGUUCCGGUAUUUCUCUUUUCAUUGCUACUAACAUUUGUGAAACGAUCGUUUGGAAAGCGUUCAGUCCUGCUACGGUGAAUACAGGCCGAGGUACAGAGUUUGAAGGCGCCAUCAUUGCCUUAUUCCACUUAUUGGCUACCCGAAAUGACAAAGUCAGAGCACUUAAGGAAGCUUUCUACCGACAAAACUUGCCUAAUUUGAUGAAUCUUUUGGCCACCAUCUUGGUAUUUGCCAUUGUCAUCUAUUUCCAAGGCUUCCGUGUUGACAUGCCAAUCAAGUCUGCUCGAUACCGAGGACAAUACAGUUCAUACCCAAUCAAACUGUUUUACACUUCCAACAUUCCUAUCAUCUUGCAAUCAGCACUUGUUUCCAAUUUAUACGUUAUUUCUCAGAUGUUAGCUGUUAAAUUUAGCGGAAACUUUUUCGUAAACUUGCUCGGUGUCUGGGCUGACGUUGGUGGUGGCGGACCAGCUCGAUCAUACCCAGUCGGUGGUCUCUGCUAUUAUCUUUCACCGCCUGAAGAUCUUGCACACAUCGUAACUGACCCAAUUCAUGCAGUUCUUUACAUUGUUUUCAUGUUGGGAUCUUGUGCAUUCUUCUCAAAGACAUGGAUUGAAGUUUCAGGGUCCAGUGCAAAGGAUGUUGCCAAGCAGCUUAAAGAACAACAAAUGGUUAUGAGAGGACAUCGAGAGAAAUCCAUGAUUCAUGAACUCAAUCGUUAUAUCCCAACCGCUGCUGCCUUCGGUGGUCUCUGUAUCGGAGCACUUUCUGUAUUAGCUGAUUUCCUAGGAGCAAUCGGAAGCGGUACCGGUAUUCUUCUCGCCGUUACAAUUAUCUACCAAUACUUUGAAAUAUUUGUUAAAGAGCAAAGUGAAAUGGGUAGCAUGAGCACACUGCUAUCUUAAGAAAUUAUGAAAGGGGAUUAAGUUUAUAUAAAAAGUAAUUAAGAAAAAUGAUAAAAAAAUUUGAGUCACCCAAAGUGAAAGCAGAAAGGGUUGACUGAAAAAACAAUCUUUUCUCAACCUUCAUCAACUUUGUCUCUUUUUCUCUUUUCUAGGGUACUCAAUUAUAAGAAUUAAGAGAUUUAUUUCUUCAUGGCGAUAUCAAAUAAAUGUGAAAUCAGCCUUUUUUCAA